GGCCUGUAAGAUAAAAAUGCUGAUAAAUUUCCAAUUAAAUGUGUUUCUUAUCUUCCUAUUUACAUCUUCCAUCUAUAUAAACCUUUGGGUUCUCUUCAAAUUUUCAAAGCAACCACACCAACAUAAAACCAUCUUUAUUGUUUUCAAUUUCCAUUUUUGUCGUAAAGUUAUUUUAAGUUUUCAACAAUGGCGACCAGUUCUGAGAAUACAAUUGCCAAAGCUGCUCAAGAAGUAACCAAUGAUGAAAAGGAAACAAAUGGAACUGAGGAAGUUGCAGUUGAACCAAAAACUGGGGUUUCUUUUCCUGUUAAAUUGGAUGAUGGGAAACAGCUCAAUUGUGUUGGUCUUAGGAAGAAAUCCAUGCUAGGAUUCGGCAUCAAAGUUUAUAGCUAUGGUAAAUCAAAUAAAUCAUGAAUGUACGCUGAUAAUGAGAAGCUGAAAGAUUUGUUGAAGUCAAAGAUUGGGAAAGCCCCAGAAAAACCCACAAAAGAGCUCUAUCAAAUGGUGAUCGACAGUGAUGUGGAAAUUGUGGUAAGGUUGGUGAUUGUGUAUUCAAGCCUCACCAUUAGCAUGGUGAGAAAGAACUUUGGGGAAGGUCUGGGAGCAUCCAUCAAGAAACUAAAUGGUGGGAAGAAGAAUGAUGAGUUAGCCAACAAGGUCAUGGGACAAGCAUCAGAUGAUAUUAAGCUUACAUCGGGUUCUCUUAUCGAGAUUUCUCGACUUCCAGGCUUUGUUCUUGAAACGAAAGGUGAGUGUUUGAAAGUGAAAUUAGGGAUGAUCAUGCAGUGGAACGAAGUGAUGGGUGAAGUGAUAAGCAAGGUUGAGAGUGAACUUCUAUGCAGGGCUUAUAUCAACAUGUAUCUAGGAGAUGAUCCACUUGACAAAGAUGCCAAAGAUAAGUUUGGAAUCUCCUUGAUUUCCCUCUUCUAAAUUUCUAGGUUUAUGGAAUAAGGCACUGUUGGUUACUAAGAUCUAUAUAUGAUUAUGCAACAAUGGCUAUGAAUGUGAGUGUGAUAUUAGUAUUAAUUCCAUAUUAAUAUGAGAUAUGUGUUACACGGAA